AUGGAUCGACCGCCGGCGACGCCGGGGCCGCCGGGGAUGGAUUUGCCGAUUAUGCACGACAGCGACAGGUACGAGCUGGUUAGGGAUAUCGGGUCGGGUAAUUUCGGGGUGGCCCGGCUGAUGAGGGAUCGGCAGACGAAUGAGCUUGUUGCGGUUAAGUACAUCGAGAGGGGCGAAAAGAUCGAUGAAAACGUGCAGCGAGAAAUUAUCAACCAUAGGUCUCUCAGGCAUCCCAACAUUGUCCGAUUUAAAGAGGUCAUACUCACUCCAACGCACUUGGCUAUUGUCAUGGAGUAUGCUUCAGGGGGAGAGCUUUUCGAACGUAUAUGCAACGCAGGGAGGUUCAGCGAGGAUGAGGCGAGGUUUUUCUUCCAACAGCUCAUAUCAGGAGUCAGCUACUGUCAUUCUAUGCAAAUAUGCCACCGUGAUUUGAAGCUAGAGAACACGUUGCUCGAUGGAAGCCCGGCUCCUCGCCUCAAAAUUUGUGAUUUUGGGUAUUCUAAGUCAUCUGUGCUUCACUCACAACCAAAGUCAACUGUCGGUACCCCGGCAUACAUUGCUCCUGAAGUGUUACUAAAAAAGGAAUAUGAUGGAAAGAUUGCGGAUGUGUGGUCUUGUGGAGUAACUUUGUAUGUCAUGUUGGUUGGUGCAUAUCCGUUCGAGGACUCAGAGGACCCCAAAAACUUCCGAAAAACAAUCCAGCGAAUUCUGCAUGUCAAGUACUCGAUCCCAGAUUACGUACACAUAUCUCCCGAAUGCCGCCACUUGAUUUCACGAAUAUUCGUGGCCGACCCUGCAAAGAGAAUCUCAAUUCCUGAGAUAAAGAACCACGAGUGGUUUCGAAAGAACCUUCCGGCGGACCUCACGGACGACCAGACGGGCAGUAAUCAAUUUGAAGAGCCCGAGCAGCCCAUGCAAAGUGACGAUGAAAUCAUGCAGAUAAUAACCGAGGCCACAAUCCCACCUGCAGGUGCAAACAACCUUAAUCAGUACUUAACCGGAAGUUUGGACAUUGAUGAUGACAUGGACGAUGAUAUCGAUAGCGAUCCUGAUAUCGAUAUCGACAGCAGUGGAGAAAUCGUGUACGCAAUGUGA